AAAAUAUAUUUUUUAAAGUAGUUCAUUUAAGCUAUGUUAGAAUCAUGACAGCUGUGUUUGGAUAUGUGUGAUGGUGUGUGUGGAGGUCAGAGAUCAAGCUUGGGUGUCAUUUCUCAAGAGCCAUCACCUUGUGUUUUAAGACAGGGUUUGUCAUUGGCCUGGAGCAGGCUGAUUAGAUUAGGAUGGUUGGCAGUGGGCACCAGGGCUUCUGAAUGCCUGUCGCCACUUAUUCCAGCACAAGGAUCCUAAGUGUGUGUCACCGUGUUUGUCUAUUUAUUUUAUUUUAUUUGUUGAGACAGUUGUGUCACUAUGUAGUCUUGGCUGUCCUGAAACUCCCUACGUAGGCCAGGCUGUCCUCAGACUCAAGGAGAUCCACCUGCCUCUGCCUCUGGAGUGCUGGGAUUAAAGGUUUGCACCACCACACACCACUUCUGUGUUUGUAUAGAUUCUGGUGAUCAUACUUGGGACCUCCAUAAAGGACUUGUGUGUCCAGUGCUUUACUGGAUGAGCUGUCAGGGUAGCACUUUGUGGGGCAUGGUAAGGAGUGUUGAGGAUUUUUAAAUGUAUUAGCAUUUUAAAUAUAAUGUUUUAACUGAUCCUUUGAAAAUUGUGUGCAUGCAUACAAUGUAUUUUACUCACAUCCACCCUAUUCCUUCUACUAGCUUCUCGAAAAUCCAUCUCCCACCUCUCUACCUUCCUCCCAACGUCAUGUUCUUCUGUUAAAAAAUAUUUUGUUAGUGUAUGUGUAUGCAUGUGUGUGUGUGUGUGUGUGUGUGUGUGCACGGCCACACUUGUGUUUGAAGUCUCUGUGCCACAUGCACACAGUGCUGCCAGAGGCCAAAAGAAGGUGCCAGAUCCUCCGGAACUGGAGUUGCUGACAGUUGUGAGCUCUCCAGUGCCUUCUAGGAACCCAAGUGGCUUCCUCUGGAAGAGCAGCCAGUGCUUUUAACCAGUGAGCCAUCUCUCCAGUCCAAUCCUUUUAAAACAUCUCAGCUAGUUCUAUUCGUGCUGCCCAUAGACCCAUGGAUGUGAUGCUGUUCGCUGGAGCAUAGACAAUCUACCAGGGGGCCACACUCUUAAGGAAAAGAUAUUCUCUCUCUCUCUCUCUCUCUCUCUCUCUCUCUCUCUCUCUCUCUCUCUGCAGUCAUCAACUGUGAACAGCUUCUCAGUUACAGGCUCCUUUACCUCCAGAGUAGAGGAUUCUGGGCUGGCUUUUGACAUAGAAUGACAUAUACUUACAGUGAUGUGCCCUGGCCGUUGUAGAAUUUAGUCUUGCUGGUUCUUGAGUGAAUAAGGGAGUGUCAGCCUAGGAGUAUGUGGUGAGUGCUGUGGGUGUGCAGGCCUAGGGAUGGAGAGACAGACUGUACCCGUGGGCCUCGGAGGACACGUGUCCCUGCUGAUUACAAGGAACAAGGAUCCAGAGCUCUUGAUCUCUGCCUUGUGCCAACACCCUGGAUUUCCCGAAGCCAUGAAGACUGCAGUAUUAACUAUGGUCCUGCUGCUGCUGCUGUCCCAGGUCAUUCCAGGGUCUCAUGUAGCUGAAGCUGGUCUCGAAUUCACGGGAGCCCUGAAAAAUGCUGGAAGUCUUUUGGUAUCUGCCGUGAGGAGUGCCUCAGGAAAGAGAAGUUCUACAUCUUCUGCUGGGAUGGCAGCCUGUGCUGUGUGAAGCCUAAGAAUGUGCCCCAGUGGUCACAGAGUUCGGAGUAGCACUCUAGAUCCCAAGGCCACAGAAACGAAGGUGGACCUAGGCAGAGGUCUGAGCUCGGCAGUUUCUGGAGCUUCAUUAAAGCAGCUAUGGCUGGC